GCGAGGAGAGGCACCGCAUCCGCUGCUCUUAGCGCGAGUCUCCUCUGGCAUGGACACCGGAGGAGAGCACUGACCAUCCAGGAACCAUGCCUACUGUCCUCGGCGACAAAGGGAAACUUUCCAUUGUCUGUUUUAUACUCAGAUGCGCAUAUUCUCAGAUCACCUGUCAAUCUCAACUCCCUGUGACGUUCUCCUCGUUCACCGUCGCCUCCUUUCUUCUGUUUGCACAGGUAACAAGAAGCCAACACAACAGCUGGGCCAAAGAUAUUCUGGAGGACAUGACUCAGUCCUGGCCGUCCCAGCAAGCCUUAGGGGGUGACCAGGCCCAGCGAAUCCUCUACAACCCUAAGGAAGCAAAGCUACCAACUGCACAGCAAAAGCAAAGUCGGGGGGAUGUUCAGCUUCGAAUGACCCGUCACCCUCGCGUGGCACCUCACAAAUCUAUGCUCGCUAAUGACCUGAAGCUGAGCAGUGAUGACGAUGACACUCAAAGGGCAACUCAUGAUUCAGCUCCCUGGGAUGGACACAGCCUGUCAGCACAGCGAGCGCACACACAUGGCAGGAGGGUGAGACAUUCCAGCUCAGACUCUUCAGGCUCGGACUCCUCCGUUGAGUCUCGCAGCAGCAGCCUUCACUCCCGGAGCCCCAGCCGGAGCCCAGACAUUCACCCGGACCCUGCGUCGCCUGCCAACACUCAUCCACCAUGCAUCAACAAAGAGACUGAUCACCCCCCUGCGGCCCAGUGGCAGUUGGAUAAAUGGCUGAAGAAGUCCCGGAAGAAAUCUGCCAGCAGUGACCAGGAUCCCUCCCAGAGUAUUCCAGGACGUCUUCCCUCUCCCUCCACUCACAGAGCCCCAUCUCCAGCCAGAUCCUGGGACACCAAUCGGGAAUACAGUCCUAGCCAAAGCCCUAUUCCCAGCCCACAGUUCAAUUACAGCAACAACAACAGCCCCCUACCGAGCCCAGGUUAUAGCUUCUGCCCUAGUCCCAGCCCAUUCCCCAGCGCCUGCCCAAGUCCCGGCCCGAGCCCGAGGCACAGCCCGAUCCCCAGUCCGGUUCCAAGUGUUUGCCCCAGUCCGUGUGGGAGCCCGAGAGCCAGCCGUACCCCAAGCCCUUUACCUAGAGACCCUCCAAGAAGCCCGAGUCCAGGUCUACCUGCUCCUUCCAGGGUUCGGCACUAUCCUGAGGUUCGGACAACACAACCCAGCCUAACAACCAAUCCCCACAGGACAAAAAGUAGGUCAUGGAUUACCCCAUUGCCUAACACAGACACCAAGAGCAAGCCUACAAACAACGCUCAUCUUCAGCCAAGUCAUCAGCAAAGGCCCAAAACUCGACUCACACAGGAGCAGGACCAAAGCCAACCAAAGACUUCUGCUGUUUUAGACUCGAAUCAGAGUCACAUCCUCAAAUCUAGACACAAGCCUCACUUACAUCCAAGUUCUAAACCUCUUUCCUUGCCUCCCAAAGCCAAACAGACAUCUCAUUUUGAGCAAAUCCAGAGUAGCAGAUCCAACCACAAAUCCAGGCCUUCGUUUCAAUUCAGCUCGCAACACAGCCCCACAAAAGUAAAGCACUCAGCUCCCAUUAGUUGUGAAACCAACUCUGGUCAUACUUCUCAUUUCCAAUCUACCUCUAAAGCUGCUACUUAUCCUAAUUCUGGGUCAAACUCUAGAUCAAACACAAGCCUAAAACCUAAAGCCAAGUCUUCAGAGGCUCCUGUGCAUGUUAACCAUACAAAAACAACACAGAAGAAACCUCAGUCCAAGGAGCGGGAGGUGGAGCACAGGGGAGAACAUUUGAGCCAAGCUGAGGGGAGAAAACACGAGAGGAAAGAGGACAGACUUCGGGAAAAACAACAAGGGCAACAGGAGAGAAAGGAAGACAGGAGGCUGGCGGAGGAGCAGCUACUGAGACGUCCCUGGGUCCACAGUUCAGCUGAAGAAGAGGAGGAGGAAGAGGAGGAGGGAGUGAUAGAGAGGCGGAGAGAGGAAAAAGGGGGAAACAGUAGGAGGAGAGAGCAGCAACAUAGACGCGAAUGGCAAACAGUCCAGGCCAAACAGAGACUGCCUACCAACACCGAGCAACACCGCCUUCAGGACGACUCACACCACCAGGGGAGGAGAAAAAAAGGAGGGAGAAGUGAGGAGGAGAGAGAGUUGCAGAAAGAUCUAUUACGUCCUCCGUCACAUUCCCCAACUCCUCACAAACCAUCCUCCUCGCCCUCUGCCUCCUCCUCUUCAAAUUUAGAGUCAGAAUCUGAAUAUCAGGCUCCGAUCACCAAAGUCCAAGCAGACUCUACCUCUCACAGGAGACUCCCCAAGAGAGGCCCCGGCAGGUCUGACGCCCACAGGCCGAAGGUGGUGCGGCCCACCUCAGGUAACACAAGCGAGGGGCAGCAAAAACUCUACACCCUGGUGCCUUUCGGGCGAGGCGAACAAGCUACAGCGCCUUCCCAUCGAGGACUUAGAAACCUGGUGGUGCAGAUAGACCUCUGUCUUCUCAAAAGGGUCCCGGACAGCACGACUAGUUCCACGGUUAAAAAGUCUUCCUCUUCCUCCUCCUCUUCAUCCACCAAGGACAAGCAAAGAGAGACUAUGAAACACCUGUGCGCCCCAGAGACUGUGACGAAAGACAGCAAAAGGAAACGCAAGUUGGAGAAUGGUGUGUCACACAGAGAAAGCAAGAGGAGUAUUCCUUAUGCAACGGAGCCCUCAGGCCACACAGAGCCUUCGUCUCACACAGCUGAGCGCAACUUUGUGACCGAGACCACGCACAACGGGUACUUGGAGGAGUACUUGGAUAGCAAGAUGCCGUUGUCUCCUCUGUCGCCGCUGUCCGACAGCCCCGAGUCCACGAAGCCUCCUCCCAAAACAAAGACUUCAGAGCAGCAUCAAGUCCCUGUCCACAAGAACAGAGACAAGAAUAGAACUUCUGCUAUAAAGCCCAAGAUGGAGGUGGAAUGUGUCAAAGUGUUGAGACAGCCCCAGCCACCACAAGAGUCCUGGGGCCCUGCAGGGCACAGAGGGACCGUGCCAAACCAGGAAACUCCGCACCAUGCUGAGUACUACUUACAUGAAGCUAAAAGGAUGAAGCACCGUGCCGACGCAAUGGUGGACAAGCUGGGGAAGGCUGUGAAUUACGUCGACGCUGCUCUCUCCUUCAUGGAAUGUGGGAAAGCGAUGGAGGAAGGGCCGCUCGAGGCAAAAUCUCCUUAUACCAUGUACUCGGAGACCGUGGAGCUUAUUAGGUACGCAAUGAGGCUGAAGAGCCACUCUGGCCCUGGGGCGAGACACGAAGACAAACAGCUGGCGGUGCUGUGUUUCCGAUGCCUCGCUCUCCUUUACUGGCAAAUGUUUCGGUUAAAGAAGGACCACGCACUGAAAUACUCCAAAGUUCUGCUGGACUACUUUAAGAGUUCUCCCAAAGUGCCUUCUACACCACCUGGUUGGAGUGACUCUGGGAAGGGUGCAGGAGAACCUCCUUCUUCACUCUCACCCAAUGCCAAACACCUCGGCCGGGGUUCACACGGGGGCAGCGCCUUCCCCUCUCACAUAAGCAUUCCCCAGCGUAUCCAUCAGAUGGCAGCAAAUCACCUGAACAUUACCAACAGUGUCCUGUACAGCUACGAGUACUGGGAGGUGGCUGACAACCUGGCGAAGGAGAAUAAAGAGUUCUUCAACUACUUGAAUACGUUGUCUGGGCCUUUGACUCUUCACAGUAGCAUCGCUCACGCAGUCCAAUACACCAGACAGGCUCUUCAGUGGAUACGCAUUAGUGCCAAACUUAACUAACAAGCAGAGGAUUUACUGUAUCGCGACCCCUGGGUCUCCAGGCCUCACAGAAGAGACAAAACUCUGGAUCUCUAUGCAGCUGACAGGACAGCACUGAUGCCUACUGAGCUUGUUGGAGUUGGAUGAAAUCCCAUGGAGUCUGAUCGUCCUCAUAGGAUGUUGGAGUGCUUACUGUGUGCAAAGCCCUCUGAAGGAGCGAUCUUUUAAACUUCUCACAGAUGAACUACAUGCACAUUCUUCCUCAUCAUUGGAUUCGUCCGAAGAGUCGCGUGUGUGCGCUAUGGAUUUGAAGUCUCUAAUCAUUUGCCAAAUGUCCCACGGUGACAGAAACAGGACUCUACAGCCUUUUUCAUACUGUGGAAUGAAUCAUUAUCCAGUUUCUCUGUCAGCCAAAACAGACAGGAGAAGAUGUUAAAAAAAGACCAAUCAAUCAUAUACCACUUUCUCCAAAGUAGGAAACUUGUCUGCAUCUUUUUCUAAUGAAGGUUUUAAUGACUCUACUUUUUAAAUCUCUGAUGUUUUCACUUUUAUGGGUUUUUUUUACUGUGCAAUAUCUGUUUUUAUAGAAAAAAAAGAAAAGAACAAAAACCAGGGGAAAUGUUUUUGGUAUGUAUUUUAAUUUUUAAAAUGUUAUUCUUGUCCCUGUUUUGAGUGUGGGAUUAUAUAAUUUAAUGAAUAAUGAAGUUGAAGAGGGCACUCACUCCUUGGUAAAUUUACUGUCUUAAAUUCCCAGCUUCUUCCAGCACGAGGAAACAAAGCAUCACUAUAGAGUUCCCAUGUUUUAAACAAAGGAUUACAAGGUCAUCUGUGGGUCAAUGCAUUCUUAGAAUCAUGGUGUUCUGUUUUUCCCUGUGCCUGACAAUCAAACUGCAUUGCUGUUUCACUUUUAUUCAUUUUUUAAGUUAUUUGAAUUGCUCAACAAAUAAAACAUGUGGGCAGUGA